AUGGAUGGACAUGGACUCUGCAAAAUCUGCUUGCAGUUGCUGGCUCUAAUCUGCUUUUGCUCUAUUGCCAAAGUUUAUGGCAGCUCCUCGAAUGGGUUUCCGUUAGUGAGGAACAUCAGUGAGAUUCCGCAAUAUAGCUAUGGCAGACCCGGUUUGUCCGACAUGACUGUUGCCGGUUCACUUCUACACGGGCUUAAAGAGUUUUUCCUCCUUAUCUAUCGUACGGAUGAAACAUUUGCACCUGGAACUCACACCCCAAUUCACAGGCAUUCAUGCGAGGAAGUGUUUGUGGUACUGAAAGGGAGUGGCACUCUUUAUCUUGCAUCAAACACGGAUCAGAGACACCCUGGAAAACCCCUUGAGUUUCCUAUCUAUGCCAAUAGCACCUUUCAUGUCCCUGUUAAUGAUGCUCAUCAGGUAUGGAACACCAACCCAGAGGAGGAUUUACAGUUCUUAUUUGUUAUAUCUCGGCCACCUGUGAAAGUGUUUAUAUACGAUGAUUGGUUCAUGCCCCAUACUGCAGCUAAAUUGAAGUACCCCUACUAUUGGGAUGAAGAAGCAUUUUACAAGUUGCACCCUAAACCAAAAGAUGAACUCUAG